AUGGGAAUCACAGAGACUCACCGCCAACACCCCGAGAUAUCAUCUUAUGCCGCUUCCGGCUACGGCAAUCGCAUGGGCUGGGGCUCAAGGCCUGCACUGCUCCUCGUCGAUAUCUGCAAGGCCUACUGGACCACCGGCUCGCCCCUCGAUCUCUCCGCCAACCCCUCUGCCAUUGCGGUCCCUGAGAGUGCAGCCCAGAUAGUAGCGGCAGCGCGAGAGGGCGGUGUACCCGUCGUAUGGACGGCCGUCGAAUACACGGAUCCCGAAAUGGCGGAUGCGGGCCUGUUUUGGCUCAAGGCUAAGACCCUGGCCGUAUGGCAGGUCUGGAGUGACCUCCACUCGCAAGGCCUGGCAGACUGGGUGAAUGAAGACCUGACUCCGAAGAAUGGCGAUGUCGUGGUGAAGAAAAAGUAUGCGAGCGGCUUCUUUGGCACAACGCUGGCGACGGAGUUGACGUGUAGAAACGUCGAUACUGUGGUCAUUUGCGGCGUUAGUACGAGCGGAUGUGUCAGAGCUACGACCUUGGAUGCUAUGCAGCAUGGUUUCCGACCUAUGGUUGCUCGCGAAGCGUGCGGUGAUCGCAGCGAGGAGAUUCAGAACGCCAAUCUUUUCGAUCUUGACUCCAAGUAUGCUGAUGUGGUGUCAAUGAAAGAUGCGAUAUCACGUUUGAAGUCUGGAUGGGAAGUAGCAUAA